AUGGAGACCGACCUACACACCGCAUUUGAUGACCACCACCAUGCCAACCAUGUCCAUGUAACGAGCAGACGGUUCUUCAUCGGCCCAAUCCCCAAAGGCUGGCUGCAAAACCACCGCAAAUCAUGGUACAAAACGCGACUUAAAUUCAAGAAUUACUCCUCCAAAACCGUUACUUUUCGGGCGGAGACCGAUGUUGCGCAGUACACGCAGGACCCGGAGCGAAUCGAGCUAUCUCCAGAACAGACAAAGAACGAUGAGCCAGAGGAUACUACAGAGGGCGAACAGGCAGAGGACUCUAGUGAGCAGGAGGCUGGUGGUAAUAGGGCCCUUAGGACUUUAAGUGAACCACUAGGGGAAACCACUGAAGCGCCCUCCCCCCAUACCUCUGACACACCAGGCCCCUCAAUGUUGGUCCCAGAGAGGCACAACCGGACUCCAGCUAGUACAGCGACAGAUGCGCAAUCUUACAUGACAGCAAGGGAGAUUGCCCCCAGCACAGAUAGUGUGGGGCAGACUUCGGGUGACCACAGCAGUGUGGAGACCAUAAGACCACUGAGCAAACCAACAUCGAGGACCAUGAGUCAGUAUGAGGCCAGUCAGUCAAGCCCCACGGCAUCGCAAAGUGAACUUGGAUCUACGACCCCGUUGCUAAGAUCUAGGUCACCGCUGAAAGGUAAAGGACGAGUUACUAGAGCACUCUCAACACCGGACCCUGAAACUCAGGAAGUUGAAAGUACCGAAGACCUUGGCGAUGAACGGCUUCGUUUCCACAAGCGGGCUAUUAAAUAUAACGAUAAUCUCUUAGAUAGACAACAACGACUCAAAUCUCGGAUUUCAAGGACACAUAAUAUGGUCUCAGGAACUUUGUCACGUCGACGCAAGGUAAAAGCAGGCGAGAUUAUCAAGGCUGAAAGGAUGCUUGUUCGAAUCGAGGAGACGGAGCAUGAACUUCCCGAAGACUAUGGUGAAAAUGACAGUUGGAGCAUGGAAACUAGGGUUGCCGAUAACUGGAGGGAAUUCUUAGUGGUUUUCCGAGCGACGUCCGAUGAGGAUGCGCCGUUUACUCUGCAAAUGUACAAGACGCGUGUUAUCCCAGAGAUACAGAGAUACAACACUAGAGCCAAACCUUACCAUGAGAUUCCGUUGGGUCGCAAGAAGGCAAAGUUGAACCUGUACUCUUCUCUGGAUAAGACUAUUGUGAUCUGGGGUCCCUCCAAGCAUGGCACAAAAAUUUACAUCAUACGGCCUAAAUCUACGGCGCACGCUGUUGAAUGGUACACCUCUCUAGGUUAUGCGUUAGGAAGACGCCGGGCGUCUUCACUCUCAAUUGACGUACCAGACCUUGGGGUGUCGCUUACAUUCAAAAACCCUUUCGAGCAGUUGGAAGCGCGUCUCGAAGAGAAUGAGAGAAGUGGAAUACUUGCUCAUUCUGCCCCGCAGAAGGCAGCAGCAGCAGCAGAGAUCAUUAUACGUGGUUGUUUUGAAGUGUUGGAUAAACACCCUGAAUGGACCGAUGUAUUGCAUAAGUGGUCUAAAACUGAGAGGAUGGGCCUUGCUUGGAAGCGAUACGACCGUUUGGAAUGGGUCCACGGCAUUAAUGAGGAAAGAAUGUACGGAACCCUAGCGAUGCAAAGGACUCACCAGCUCCAGCUACGACCACGACAACACUAUCGUACACAUGUGCAUAAUGACGACAAGAGGGACGAAGAGCCAGAGCCAGUGGAAGGCUUCCUGAUUCGCCUUACAUCACAAAGAGGUGUGCACCAACGUAUGAACAAAAUGUUCUUCAAGCGCCUAUACUGUUUCACCCAAGACCAUUACUUGUUCUUCUGUAGACCCGCGAAGUCUCUGCCGCCAGCUCCUCCAAGACUCCGUGCAGAUGAUUCGAAUAUCCCAUCAACGCAAGACAUUCUGAAUGAAAUGCCACUUUCAUACGACAUUGAUCCGUUUCCAAUACAGGACGGAGAGAUAACUUGGCUCUCAAGUGGCAAUAAGGAGCACAUAAAGAGACACGACGAGGAAGCAUUUGCGCAGCUUCGCAGGAACCUUCACAAUCUGACCAAUGCUGAUGGCUACAUUGAUAUCUGCCAAGUGCAUGAAGUGCGUGAUGUGCACCGUGACAGUUGCCCUGCCGACCGAAAUAUCCGGGAAGGGCCAGAUGUUGAGUUCAAUCCUGAAGCAAGAGACACUCGGCGAGAUGACGGCGCAACCCAGAAGUUCGACGACGAUAAAACAUUUGAGAUGCUUCUUGAUAAUGACCUUGUUGUCCGGUUUCAGGCGUACGAUGAGCGGACUAAGAAUGAGUGGAUGAAGAGGCUUGAUGCCCUUGUGAAAUACUGGAAAGCACGGUGUGCGGCUGAUGCGGCGGAGCUCAAGAUCUUGCGGCAACGCAACCUGGAAAUACUGGACAUCGACGAAGAGAUGGAGUCUGUGGUGGGGCAAUUCGCCCAAAAGUGGGAGGUCAGGAGGGCAGAAGCAUCACCUUUGUUACACAAUAUGUGUGCUUUGACUGGAUGUCGCGCGAUCAAUAUGUCUGGCCAACUCUUCCGAAAACCACGGCGGCACUCAACAUUCAAGCGAUGUAACGUUAUUCUUACUGACGGGAAACUGUUGAUUUACCGGAACUCGUUGAGGAAGCGCAAUGGUGUUCAGAUCCCUCAUGUUCAUUCUAGCCUUGAAGCAACUAUAGAUUUAAGCGACUGCUACGUUUACUCGGGACUGUUGACAGAAUCUGAUCUGCUCUACACCAAUCAAACGUUCGAUAGCAAUCGCCCAAGCCAUCGCACCCUGCCCCGGGCUUAUCUCUCUACAGACGCCUAUACGAGCAGUGACGAAGACACGGCCAUUACCUUCGUGGUUUGGCAGCCUCUGCGCAAGAACCUCUUUCGAGCACGUGAGCGAGGGGUGAAAGGCGAAACAAAGCAGACGCUGAAGCAAGUUUCCAAGCUGGGUGUUCAUGGGCGAACUGCGGUGUUUAAAGCACGGAGUCGGGUAGACAAAGAUCGCUGGGUCAUGAGCAUUGCAUCCGAGAUUGAUCGGCUGCAAGAAAGCAAGCCGGAAGAUGUUCGAGUGAUUGCAACAAACAGUUAG